AUGAGCUUGCAACUGGAAAUGAAGAAUGUGAAUCUGCAAACUGGCGAUCAGCUUAAAAUAAAAGGAAUAAUUCUGCAUGAUGCUGAAAGAUUCCAGAUCGACCUCGGCAGCGAUGAAGAUAACCUGGCGCUGCACUUCAACCCUCGUUUCCAUGACGACAGCGACGGAGCUGUGCUUGUGUGCAACUCCAAGUCGGACGGUUGUUGGGGCGACGAGCAGCGGGACAUACACAACCCUCUGCAGAGGGGAGCAGAACUCAAGAUCGUGUUGAAGUUGACCGGAGACAUGUUUGAGGUGGAACUCCCUGAUGGGAAUGAAGUCCAGUUCCCUAACCGUGUUUCCAUGGGCGUCUGUAACUACGUCCGAGUCAUCGGGGACAUCAAACUGACUUCCUUCAAGAUCAGCCAAUAGAAACAGCUGCUGUGACUUGUAAUAAACUACAUAGAAUGUUUUUAUGGAUGUUUGUUUUCUACUUAUGGGAAUUAAAUGCAAAAGUGUACUUAAGUUUGAGUUCUUCCUUCACCAGUGUUUAUUUGAAAUGCUGUUGUUUACACAGGAUUACAUAUGAGUACAACCUAAAAUGAUGUUGUCUUCAAAUACUUCAAAUAAAG